GCUAUUCCAACAUGAUGCAGUCAAGUGAUGUCGAUCUGCUUCUUAUAGGCAAAACCGGAAACGGGAAGAGUGCAGCAGGAAAUGCUAUCCUCAAACGAAGAGCUUUCAAAAGCAGCGGUGCCUUCUCGUCAGUCACAAAGAGAAUCGACUACGAGGUGAGUGACUUCAACGGCCGAAUUCUAAAAAUUGUCGACGGACCUGGCGUCGGGGACACACGGAUGAACACGGAUGAGGCGGUGAAACUCGUCAUGGUUGGGAUGGAAAAAGCCAUAGCCACAAACCCAAAGGGCUACCACGCGUUUCUCCUGGUCGUGAAGUACGGCCAACGAUUUACGGGAGAGGAGCAAGAUACUAUUGUGUUUUUGAAGAAAAUCUUUGGUGAGACGUUCGUUAAAGAAUUUUGUAUUUUGCUCAUGUCUAAUGGAGACACCUUCGAGAGUGAGAGCGAAGAAACUGGCCAGACGUUUGAAGACUGGUGCAGGUCACAAACGGGAGCUUUUAAAUCUCUACUGUCAGAGUGUAAUAACAGAAUUGUUCUAUUCAAUAAUUUAACAAAAGAUGAGGACAUCAGAGACAAACAACUGCGCCAGCUGUUAUCGGUAGUGGACCGACUGAGUUCAAAAGGUCAGAGAUACACGGACAAGAAUUUUGAGGAAGCCAGAGAUGCCCGUAUGCGCGUCAUGGUUGAUGCACAGGAGCCACUUAUAAGGGACGAGACUAUGCGAGAAGUUAGUCUCAUUCUACAAAAGCUGGAGCAGAUUCAGGCUCGUGACCAUUUCGAAACAAAACUGGACCUCUUGGAGGCACUCCUUGUUCGGGCAGAAGCGCUAUUGAAAAGCACUUGUGAUUUAGACAGAGGAACCGGGGCCCUACAUGAAAUCGUUCAGACGGUCAAGUCCAUCAUAUCAACAAUAUCGGAUGAAAUCAAAUUCACCAUCAGAAACCAAAAGGAGAGUCAAAGGAUUAAAAAGAUAGAAGAGGAGCUAAAGAGAAAAGCUGAUGAAGAGACUGAAAGAGUUCGUCAACAGUUCGAGCUGAUGUUGAAGCAGGAGAGACUUGCAGACGAGAGAAAAGCUGAGAUUUUAAGACAGCAAGAGAAGACGCGCGAAGAGCUGGAGAGAAAAAUGAGACGUGAAAGAGAAGAGAGACAGAGGGAACAUGCGAUUCAGCUA